AUGUACCCCGGGGGAAAUUCGCUACGCGAUGAUGCGUCAUCGGCCCCCACGGGGAGAUGGGUGCCGAGUACGGCCUACGUACGCCACGUCAGGCGGGCAGCCGCGGCGCCCCUCCGGAGAAGGAAGGGGUGGCGGUGGCGGCGGCGGCGGGGAAAGUCGGGCGUCGGUCGGCUUAAGGUCACCGACGAGGUGGCAGCUGACGCAGUUGUAGGGCCCAUCAGGACCGACAUCAAGAUGCAGCAUGGGGCGGCGGCAGCGGCGGGAGCAGCUGUAGCAGCAGUAGCGGCGGUGCAUUCCGGGGCGGCGGCGGCAGCCGAAGCCAGCUGCGGUUCUGGCAGCGCCCUUGACGCCGCCACCGCCGUCGAUCCGGCGGCAGUGAGCACGGUGUACGGCAGGCCAGAUGUUAUGGGCGCUGGCGGCGGUGCACAAGGCGCAAUGCCACACGGCCUCGGCGAGUUGGCCUCUGAACUGCCCGUCGGCGUCGGCGGCCCCAGCGUCGGCGUCGGCGGCGUCAUGCCCGCCGGCUGCAGCCGCAGCAGCGCUCCGCCUGCCGCGCCCGCGGCCAUGGCUGCUGCCGUCGCGGGCGCUGCCGCCGCGCCGCUGCCAGCGGCGGCGGCGGCGGCAAUUGGACCCGGUGGCGGCGACGCCAACGGCUUCCCUGGAGCAGAAGCCGCCGGGCCGGCGGUGGCGUUGCCUGUAAGGCAAGACGUAGGGCCCUGGCCUAAGGAACAUGGAACCGUCCUAGCUGGGGGCCAGCGGCAACCACCGCAGCGUGCGGAACAACUUUUGGAUCGGGAUGGCGAGGGCGGCGCUGGCUUCCGUGGCCGCGGCCGCGGUCGCGGAAGCGACGGCGGCGGCGGCGGUGGCGGCGGCGGCGGCGGUGGCGGCGGCAAGCGGUUCGAUGGUCGCGGAGCGCCUCGGGUCGACCGCGGUGACUUUGGCGGCUACCACGCCAAGGCGCGCGUGGAGAGCCGGGGCAGGCGGUUUGACGACUACCAUGCACACGACGCGCAUGAUGACGGCGGCGGCGGGCACCGGCGGCCCCACGACUUGCUCUCACACCACGUCGACUCGCACCAACAAAGGCCAGGCGCUCGCGGAUAUGACGUGCCGUACCACGGCGGCGGCAAUGGCAGCGAGCGGCCGUGCCGUGGCGGGCAGCCGUUGUUGCGGUCGGAGGAGCACAGGGAGGAUGAGCGUGACGGCGGCGGCAGCAACGGCCGUACCGGGCCUCCUGAUGGCCUCGAUGUGACGGAACGUCCUUGGCAGCUGCCAGCGGGACUUCCGAAGCGUGUUGGCUGGCCGGCGGAGGACUGGGAGCAGGCAGAGGUAUUGACGCGGCAUCGGCACGAUCAGCUGCGUCAUGAUAAUCGGCGACAUAUCAUCGGACAGACGCCGCCGCAACCGCCGCCGCUGCAAGCGGCUGAUGCGGUCGCAUGGGAGAAAGAAAAGCCGAAGCCCGGGUCACAAGAUCACGAAACGGAUGCCGAGGUGGCUGGCGGUUUGACGGACGGCGAGCGGCCACGGAAGCGAGCUCGCGGGCCACCCACGGCAGGCGUCGUGGAAGCCGGCGGCAGCGGCGGCGGCGGCGGCGGCGCGACGGACACAAGCUCAGUCUCCGAUAAUAGCUGCUAUUCUAGGAUUGCCUGUAGUGCAGUACCGGUAGCGGCAUCGGCGGCGGCGCCGCCGCCGUCAGGUGUGACCCCGGCGGAAUGGCAGUUGUUCCAGGAGUGGCGGCGGCUGCAGCAGCAGCAGCAGCAGCCGACUGGGGCGGCGGCGGCAGCGGCGGCGGGGGCUGCGAACACCCGUGGUGGCAAUGACUGCGCGCAUCAUCUCAACAAUCCUUCCAACACAGACAAGCUCAGUCUCCGAUAA